AUGCGACAGAAUUUGAUCCAAGAAUUGCAUCAACUCUUAGGCAAAGACGGAAUUCUAGUAUUUCCCGCACAUCCAGAAGAAGCCGUAAAACACAACUCAACUCUCCUGAAGGUGUGGAACGUGUCUUACACUCAACUCUUUAAUACCCUCAAUGUUGCCAUCACUUCAGUGCCGUUAGGGCUGAGCAGAACUGGUCUCCCGAUCGGCCUUCAGAUCAUAUCUUCUCCAUUGAACGAUAGGCUAACCAUUGCUGUGGCCGAAGAGCUCGAGCGAGCCUUUGGUGGAUGGGACUCAGAUCUCGUCAAACUGUACGGCUCUCUAAGGACAGGCGGUUUGUUUGAUGUGGAGGUGCCAUACAUCGGGAUGGACGAGAAUGCCUGUAAUAAGGGGUACAAUAAGAAUAAGUUGGACUGUCCACUCGAAAAGGGAAAGACAUACAAGUUCACUUUAGUCCAAACUGUUCCCUAUUCUAGUCGUUUCAAUGUCUUCAGAUAUACGACUUGGAGAUUAGUGAGCAGUGCUUAUAAGGACCUGACAUGUGCUGAGUUUGACAUCUAUCAGGACAUCGCCCUUAAUAGAUAUUUCUCACAAUUUGCUGAACGACUCAAUUAA